GCUUCCGGUCCGUGGUGAACUCGGUGGACUUGACGCAGCUGGUCUAUAAACCGCUGGAUGAGUCCAGAUGAAGAUGGACCGGGAUUCAGACGUCCUCCAGGAUCAGGAUCAGUGACCUCCAGACAGUCCUGAACCAGAACCAGAACCAUGCGGGACCCGCGGAGCUGGACCCCCGGGAGACCAGAAACCUACACCGGGGACCAGAAGAAGCAGCUGGACCGGAAGUGGGUCCGACUGGCCACCGUGCUGGUCUACGUCCUGUCCGUCUCGCUGGCUGCGGGUCUCCUGGCGGUCUACUACGACGUCAUCUGGAGACCCACAUCUGGACCGGGACGGACCGGGACCGGAAGCUCUGUGAACAUUAACAUGUGUUCCGGUAAUAACUUUAUUAACGGUCCCGGUACCGGACCAGAGGAACCCUCUCCCGUGGACCACCCCACCGGACCCUCCCCGCUCCGGACCACCGCCGAACCCCCAGCUGUGACCGCGGAGGACCCGUCCAACCUGGCGACACACCGGCCCGCGGACCUGGACGGGUCCGGCCUAGACGAUCUCAGGGGAUACUGGUGACCCUUUCAAAAUAAAAUGUGACUUUAUGUAACCUGUGGAUUUAACAUAGUUAUGGGCGUUUAUUGUUUAUUGUACGACCAAGACCAGGUCUAGUGUCAGACCAGGACCUAAACUAGUCUUAGGCCAGGACCUGAAUUAGUCUCAGACUAGGACUAGGACCAAGUCUAGUGUCAGACCAGGAUUCUCCCUAAAUGAAUGUUGUCUGUAUGUAAAUGUUAAAGGUUGAAGCCCUUUAGUAAACCUCUUACUGUAAAAUGUAACUUUCAUACAGAAGAAGUAAAUAAAACUGAUACAGUCCAGAACCGUGUGAGUCUUCUCUGCACUUUAGAAGGACUAAGGUCCCUGAAGGACCCUGAAGGUCUGACGUGAUGUGAUGAAGAGUUAGUGCCGUGUGGAGUUCAGGGACCGUCUGUAAAUCUCACCACAGGAAGGAAGAGACUCUGAACUAUGAUCCUGUUUACUUUAAACCUGAUGACUGUUUCCCUGAAUCCUCUCACUUUAAAACAAUGACGUCAUAAACCGGAUGUUUCAAAAUAAAUAUUUUGUACUUAAAGUGACGACGAACUGCAAACAGACUUUAUAAUGUGUUAGCAUGUGUUAGACAUGCUAACACAUUAUAUCACAUGCUAACCCAUGCUAACCCCUUCUACCGCAUGCUAACACAUGCUAACACAUGCUUAUAAUUUAUGCUCAACAUUACAAAACAAAUAUUUUGUACUGAAAGUGACGACGAACUAAAAACAGACUGACUAUUUUAUUGCUGAGAGAGUCAAACGAACAACUCAGAGACUACUUUAUAGACCACAUUCUGAGGGUAUCAGCAGUAGAU